AUGGCCACGCCCCAACAACCGACGCGCGUUGUCGACGGUGCCGUUGUCGACACGCUCGCGCGGCUCCAGCAGCUCGCCGCGACGCUCGGCGCCACCGACGCGCUCGAUUCGCUACCCCAGAUUGUGGUCUUAGGCAGCCAAUCAGCAGGCAAGUCCUCGACGAUCGAAUCGUUGGUAGGAUUGUCCUUUUUACCUCGAGGCACGGGCAUCGUGACGCGCUGCCCCCUCUUGUUACAUUUAAGGCCGAGGGACACGGGGCCGGCGGAUUAUGGGGUGUUCGGGCAUGGGGGCGGCGCCCCGAUCAGUGACAUGGAGGCUAUCAGAGCGGAGAUCGAGGCGCAGACGGCGAGAUUAGCUGGCGAUGAAAAAGACAUUUGUGCUACUCCUAUUGUUUUGAGAUUGCACGUGGCCGGCGCUCCCUCCUUAACGUUGGUGGACCUACCCGGUGUCACAAGGGUUCCAGUCCGAGGCCAGCCCGACGAUAUUGGCGAGAAGAUCAAGCGGUUGUGCCAGCAGUUCGCGCGGAACCCACGAGCCGUAUUACUUUGUGUGAGUGCGGCGAACGCUGAUUUGGCUACGUCCGAGGCGUUAGUGUUGGCGAGAGAAGUAGAUCGGGCCGGCGAUCGCACCAUCGGCGUGCUCACGAAGACCGACCUGAUGGACCCCGGGACGGACUGCGCGUCGAUUCUGCGAAACGAGGUCUUUCCUUUGAGAUUGGGCUACGUCGCUGUGGUUUGUAGGGGCCAGCGCGAUUUGGACGAGGGCGGGACUGUUGCGGCAGCGCAAUCCAGGGAGCGGACGUUCUUCGCGAAUCAUGAAGUGUACGGUGCGCCUCGCCAUCGAGAGUUGCUGGAACGGAGCUGCGGCAUCGCCGUGCUGGCGCAGAAGCUCUCAGCUUUGUUAGUGGCAGCUACUCGAGAAGCGGCGCCUCAUUUAAGACAGGCGUGUCGGGCGCGGCUCGACCAGGUCGAGAGCCGUGUGGAAAUCACACCAUCGACGCGACGUUGUCGCCGUGACCGCGUCGGUUCGAUGGAACCUCACUGGUUGAAUUUACACAGGUGGAGAGCCGCGCGGCGCAGCUGGGCGAGGAGGACUCGACGGGCGAUCCCGCCCGAGUCGUCCUAGAGGCCGUUUUAUUAUACGCGAAGACGUACGCGACGCUGGCGCGCGACGGGGCCGUCGGCGACGCGCGGUGGCUCGGGAAUAGCGGCGACGCCGAGCUAAGGGGUGCUGCUCGACUCGCCCACGUCUUUGAACGCGUCUUCGCGGCGUCGCUGGCGAAGGCCGAUCCGUUGGACGGUAUUUCGGACGACGACGUGCGAGCCUGUCUGCUGGCGACGUCGGGUGCGUCGCCCGCGCUCUUCGCGCCCGAAAAGGCCUUCUACGCCUUGGUGCGGCAGCAGAUUCAAAGACUGAGGGACCCGGGCCUGGAGUGCGUCGACCUGGUCUGCAGGGAAUUGGAAAAUUGCGCGGCACACGUGGCCGAGCCGCCCGUGGCGGACCAGAACGACGUGGUAGGCGCGGUGCCGGCGCCGUUAGCUCGAUUGCGCCGGGCGCCGCGACUGCGAGGCGCGGUCCGCGAGGCCGUCGUCGAGAUUGUACGGAAGGAAAAGGACGGCGCCAAGGAACGGGUCGCAGAUUUAGUGGCUUGUGAACUCCAACACAUCAACACGCGGCAUCCGGACUUCGUGGCGGCUCUGUCGGACGUCACUGUUAGAUUAGGUUGCCUCUCGGCGCCGUCGGCGGACUUCUCCGACGACGACAUCGAGGAUAGAAGGAUCGAGGAGGAGGAGCUCGAGGACACUUCCCCUGCUGAGCCCGAGCGGCGCGGCUGGUUCGGCGGGCUGCGGGGCGACUCCGUGACGCCGCCGCGGCGGUCGAAUCGCCGCGAGUCGUUCGUGCUGAAGGAUCAGCUCAAGCCGCGGCCCUACCAGAAGCCGCGGAAAGUCAAAGCGGAUCCUUCUCAUGUGGAUGUGGUCAAGGCUCUAGUGCGGGCCUACUUCUCCGUCGUGCGCAAGACCUUCUGCGACCUCGUGCCCAAGAUUGUGAUGACCCACGUUGUCCACAAAGUUGAAGAGAAGAUGCAGGCGACCCUCGUGGGUAGAGUUGCGGGCGCGGAGCACGCCGCUCUCUUGGAGGAGGACGCCGCCACCGCCCAAGAGAGAAGGGAGACGGCUCGGGCGCGCGACGGUUUGAGGGAUGCGCUCCGCUUGCUCGACGACGUCCAGCACGCGCAGACGCCCGUGCGACACAGGGAGCGCGCGGACUCGCUCGAGGGCGGCUCGAGUCCCGCGCCGCUCACGCACAACAAUGUUUCUACAAGAAGGCGGGACCGGUCGCCGGGGCCGCAGGGCUUCGCGCCUUCUCCCUCAAAGACGCCGCCGCGGAAGGGUGGCAUCUCGGGCCUCGUCGCCGCGCGCAAGGAGAACUUCAUGCGUGGGCGGCGCUGAUCCCUCUAUUCCCUUCUCCCAUCGAGUAAGAG